UCAGAGUCGUCCUCACGUGCAAAAGCCGCAACUCAUAAAGGAUAUUAGUUUUUAGGAUUCACAAUUUUUUCCCCUCUCAGAGAUGCUAAUAUUUGACCUUACCUUUGCUGUACCAAUAAGAGAGUGAGGAGGGUCGCUUUCCGGAGAAGGCUGGCACUCUGACGACCCUGCCUCCCUCCCCCCGCCAGGAACCGACCCACUCACUAGUAUGACAGUACCGCCUUGCCCUUAUACGGCCGGCGACCAUUAGGGGGAGGACCCGGCAUGGGAAGGGAGGCUGGGGAGGGAAAGAAUUUGCCAUAUUCGCCCUCGCCUGGUAACCUUCCCCCUCUCCCUCCCCCUGAACUGGUGGUCCGUGCAAAUUCUUCCCUUAAGUCCUCGCUACGCCUGAAAUCCUCUGGCAAUGUUGGAUUUUUUCGUGUGUAAAACCCCUGUGAGCGCUCUGGGGUUCAGAGGAGUACUUUUUUUUCGGCAGAAGGGACUCAGGGGAUGCAGAAGUGUCUCCUCCCCAGCAACAGCAUCUACACCCCUACAGCAAUAACAUCAUAUCGUAGACAGGAUUUGAUCAGCGAUAAAAUCAGAGGGGAUCGUCGGUCAUCUGGCACCUCGUGGAUGAGAGGGGACGGGGCGACCGACGGAGAGGGAGGGCUUGAUGGGCCUUCCCGCUGCCAGCCGCACGAACCGCCCCUUCACGCCCAUGCUGGAGUCUGCAUCACACAGCUUCACAAGUGUCUCAUUCCUCAUGUGCAGGUGGUGAGGUCCGUGGCAAGGGCGACAGGUAAGCUGAUCCGCCUCACGACUGACUCACUUGGCAGGUGCAGGAACGUUCCCCAUCCACUGACUGACGCUCUCGCCCUCUUCCUCAUAAAUUAUUCGUGUCAUUAAGUACUGGCAGAAGUUUAAUUAUAUUCUUGAUAUAAUAUGCACGGCCGACACUUGCAUCUCCGUGUAGUACCGCAUCGAUUAUGAGAUUUGUUUGUAGUGCAUGAAAUAUUUACUGACGUCAAAGGAACCGUUCCUCGUUGAAUUUUUUCACCCCAGGAGUUCGGGAGUCAUUUUGAAGCUUCUCUAAUUAAAAGUGAAGCGGUGGAUGUUUCCUUUCACUCUGCAUGUCGGAAACCAUAAAUCCUGCCUCAGUGUCCCUAUUUAUUUUCGGAUCUGUGCACACAUAUGGAGGGGACCAGCCGGUUUAUUGCCCUAUUUGUCUCAAUUUCGAGGUGUGAAAAAUAAGUAUGAGGUUGGAAUGCGUCGGUGUGAGGGGAGGCUGGCGAGGGGAGGAGACUGUGGGGGUCGGAGGAGAGAGGGGAGGAGCCGGGCAACGUGCUCCUCCCGGUCCCGGGUUGUCCGUCAGUUUGGCGGAGUUUCCCCUCCCUCGGCCACCUCAGUCAUCCGGCGGCGCUCGGAGGGGACACGUAUCGCCCUUCCCAUCCUCGUGCUAAUGUUGUCAUGGAGUUGUUCUAAGUGUUGUGGAACUUCACGACCCCGCCCAUAGCAGCAGCACCACCAUUAGUGGGACGGGAGAACACGGCGGACGGUGAGGUGCAGCUAGUGUGACGAAGUGGAAAUGUUAACGACUUUACCAGGCCAGCGCUUGGGUUGGCCGCUAUGAACAGUGAGAAAGCAAUGUGAAAUCAAAAGGAAAACCUCAAGGUGCUGCCGGUGCUGUCGAUAUAUAGAAAGAAAGAUGAGUGGCAGGAGGGGAAGUGUCCACCGUGCCUGACCUUUGGCCUAGUAUGAACUCUGCUGGAGUGUUCCCGUUGGGCUCUCAUGGCCCCGGGAUACCUUGGGCAUCAGCUUAGCCCCAGCAAACCAAGGCAGUAAUCCUGGGGGUGAGGAACAUGUCCUCCGGGGCGGUGCAUCGAGAGCCCUCCGGGGCGGGUCAGGGCGCCGCCUCCACCCAACAAUAUUACGCUCACAACCUUGAUCCUGCCCACGGCUGCACGCAGAAGGAGUUGCACCUGGCAGCGCUGGGGUCGCUGAAGGGAGAGAUUCUGGAGCUGUCAUCUAGGCUGAAGGUGUUGAGCCAGGAGCGAGACAUGCUGGAAAAAACCCUCACCGUGACACAGUUGGAGAAGGUGAGGGUGGAGCGAGAAAGCGAGGACCGUCUUGACUCCCAGGCACAGCACUACGAGGAGCGCCUCACCGAGCUGCACUCUGUGAUCGCUGAACUCUCCCGCAAGAUCGAACAACAGCGAAUCAAUGUCAUAGCUGAGGAGGAAGUUGUGGCUGAAGAAUACUCCCAGUCAGAACUUUCACACGACCAGCAUGAUGCUACCGAUUCAACAAGCGAGGCUGUAGAGUCUGAGGAGCAGGAGCAGAUGGAGGAACCACGAGAUCAGACGGCUACCGAUGCUUCCACAUCUUGUGAUAUUGAUGACAGGGCAGUGGAGGCUGGGGAGGGUAUCGCUGACCUGGACGUGAGCGAGUGUCCUCGAGGUAGUGGAGAUACCAGCAGCUGCAGGGCGUCAGGAGACGACCACAGCCGCUCUCUCAGUGCUCUGGAGGAAGAAGUUAAAGCUUUGAGAGAGGAAAACAACAGUCUGCAGCAUGCCCUGGCCCUGGCCCAGCAUGCAGCAUCGACUCAUCGCAACACACUGGUAGCUGUGACGCAAGAAAGGGAUGCUCUCUGCAAAAAGUUACGUGAGUAUCAAAGAAUGCAACCGGCCUUGCCACCUCAAGCACUGCAAGUUGCUGAUGCAGUUACCGUGCGAGGGUUGCGAGGUGCUCCCCUGCAAGCCUUCACCACUGUGUCAGGAGGGUCAGGCCUCAGUGGAUCUGGGCCUGGAACAGUGUCUCCCUCCCCAUCCCCACAGCCUCCAGAGAGCCACACACCUACCCAGGAUGAGACACCCAUCAUCUGCAGGCUAGCGGAACGUGUCAGGUUAAAGAAAGCAGAGAGUGGUGACCAGAGAAUCACAGGUUCAGAGCUGAGUAGUGUAGGCGUGUGGACCACCGCUGUGGCAGAGCAGUUAGUGGCAGGUGUCCAAGAGGAAAGUGAUGCCCAAGAACUAUACCAUGCUCUUGCUACUGCUGGAGGAGCACUGGCACCCCAUGAGAGACUAAAAGAAUUUGAAGUGGAAAUAGAGAGACUCCAUGCAAGAAUAGAUCAUCUAAAAGCUCAGAAUGAUGUCUUAGCUGUAACUCUCAGUGAAUCUAAAUCACAUUGUGAUCACCUCAGCAUUUUGAUGGGUAAAUAUGAAUCCAAUUCAGUAGCCCUGCAGCUGGCAGUAACCAACUUAGACCAGACAAUAGAGGCCUAUGAGGUGUAUGUAGCCCUUCUUGAGAGUGAAAUUGGUUUGCUGCUGGCUAGCUGCAAAGCUGCAGGUGUUGGGGUGAAGGGUGCAGGCAGCAGCAGCGCAAGUAGUGGCUGGAGCAUCAGUGAACAAGAAGACCUGGUGGCCCUAGUAAAAAGGGCCCAAGAACAGCGGAGAUCAACAGAAAAUGUUGCACGUCAUCUGCUUUCCCGCCUAGAAAGGUAUGGGGCGCAACCCUCAGACAUAGAGAAUUGGAGUGAGACAGGAACAAGCAAUAACACAAGCACUACUUCCUCAACAUCAAGUGGUGUUGAUUCUGAUUUGAGUCGAGGGGAGGAGCAGCGGCUGCGAGACACCAUCAACAAACUGAAGGAAGAGCGAGGUCAUGUGUCCGCCUCCCUCCUGCCUUUGGAAUCUCUCCACCUUGAUCCUCUUACCAAGCAUUAUCCACUCAGCCUUCAAGAUGCUCACAAGUUGGACCUUGAGAAUGCAGUGUUAAUGCAAGAGCUUACUGCAAUGCGGGAAGACCGUGCAGAGCUAAGAGCUCAGGUGUAUCUUAUGGAAAGGGAGAAGGCUGGGCUGGAGUUGCGUGUGGGCACCUAUGAAGCUCAGGCAGCAGCUUAUUGUGCUACCAUAGACCACCUUAAGUCAGAGUUGGCACAGCACAGACCGAGUGGUAAUCAGGAGAAGGAAGAUGGUGACAGUGGUGUUGACUCUUCCUCUCCUGAAAUAAUGGAAGCCUUGCGCCGUGAACGACAGCUCAAGAGUCGUGUGCAGGACCUGGUCACCACACUAGAGAAGGUCACCAAAAAUUCAGAGGCUAGACAUAUGCAGUCACAGGAGUUUAUUAAUGAUCUGAAGAAAGCAAACGGAGCACUUCUCACUGCUGUGGAUCGCUUGAAGAAGAAGUAUGCUCUGAAGGUGAAGAGGAUGGAGCAGCAGAUGAUGGGCAUGGUGGACAGACAUGCUCACCAGGUUCGUGUCUUGAAGCAGAAGAUAUCUGUAUAUGAAGGAGAAACAUGCUCGAGGCAAACACAGAUGAUCUCUACUGCUAGUGAGACAUCCCUUUAAUGAUAUUAAAGUGAUAAUUGUACAUUUAUUUAAUGGCUAAAUUUUUAAUUCUGUAUUUUCUUAUAUUAGAGAACAUCCAUCCAAUAUGUCUUCAUGCAGCUUUAACUCAUAGGACUUUAGUAUGUAUUUCAUUUCAUGACUGAACAGAUUUAUAUUUUUUUUGCAGAUUGAAAUAUUAAACAGUGAAUAAAACUAAAAGAUGUAAGAUGAGAUAUUGAUACAAAUAUUGUUUAAUGACAUGCAUUUGAACACAUUGGGUUAGAAACACAAUUUUUUAGUAUUUGUAGGUCUUAUUUAUAAAUACUUUUAGCGAAGAUAAUAUAUAUUACCAUUUGGAA